AUGUGGUUCCUAUUGAUGCUUCCCUUCUUUGCUGCGGCCGUGGCAGGGGAUGAGGCUUCUUGCUCUGCCCUCGCUGGGAACUCGGGGUCUCUGGGUCUCAACAGGACAGUCCUGACCAAUUCAACCUGGAUCCCAGCAGGUGCCAAGAACGUGUCAGGGACCUUCAACGCAGCGGCAUUCUGUGAAGUGUCCGGGACGGUAUCCUACCCUGCCGACAACUAUGUCGUUUUCGAAGUCUGGCUGCCGGAAGAAAAUGCAUACAACGGCAGGUUCCUCGCUGUUGGAAACGGUGGCAUGGCAGGCACAAUUGAUGAACCUGCACUUGUCGAGAACUUGAACAGCGGGUAUGCAGUUGCCGGAGGGGACAGCGGGCAUCGAGCAGCGGAGAACAACGGCGGCGAAGGCGAAGCCGGGGUCUCAAUUUCCUAUCUGCAUGACCAGGACCAGAUUCUCGCCUGGAUCCACAACUCUAUAUCCUACUUCACGCCUCCUGCCAAAACAAUUGUGGAAGCCUACUACACCAGUGCUCCACAAUACAGUUACUACAAGGGAUGCUCCACGGGCGGUGCUCAAGGCUUUGCUCUGGCGCAGUAUCAUCCCGAGCUGUUUGAUGGUAUAGUAGCCGGGUGCCCAGGGAAUUGGUACUCUCAUCUCACCCUGUCGUUCUUGUGGAACGCACAGGCUUCUGAGGGCACUGGCUUAGAAGACGAGACCGCCGGCCAAGCAAUCCUCGACUUCGUUGAGAGCGCCGUGUUGGACCACUGCGAUGAGCUCGACGGGGUUAAAGACGGCCUCAUCGAGAACCCCCUCACCUGCGACUUCGACCUUACCACGCUGGCAUGCGACCCAACAGCAGCCAACUCGACCCAGUGCCUCUCCGCAUCCCAGGUCGCCGCGUUCCAGAAGAUCUACGACGGCCCGCGCAACUCCACCGGGCACAGCCUCUACCCGGGCUUCACAUUCGGCAGCGAGAACGAGCUCAUCCAGCAGACGUCCGGCUCCCUGUCUAAUUCUUUCACGGCGUCGAUACUGCAGAACGUGGUCUUUGACGACCUUUCCUACGACGUGAACUCCUUCGACUGGGACGCGGACGUCGCGCUCAUCGACCAGCGCGUGGGGACCCUCAUCGACGAGAUCAGCCCGGACCUGUCGGCCUUCCGCGCCAGGGGCGGCAAGCUCCUCGUGACGCAGGGCUGGGCCGACCCGUACAACGCGGCGACCUGGCCGAUUGAUCACAAGAAGCAGCUGGAGGAUGCCAUGGGAGGAGAUGUCUCUGACUGGUUCUCCCUGUUCAUGUUGCCCGGCGGGGGUCACUGCGAGGGAACGCUCAGACAUAAGUCAACACCGCAGGUGCCACACUCGUUGGAGAAGCUCGUCGAGUGGGUCGAGAAGGGAGAGGCGCCACAGGAAAUGCUCUUCAGCAACCCACCUGAUGGUGGUAAUAUCACACGGAAAGCAUGUCCCUGGCCAAGCACAGCUGAGUACAUUGGCGGAGACACCAACUCCUGGUCUUCGUUUGUCUGUAGCACUUAG